CUGUCAUUGAGUUUGUAAAAAUAAAAAGAAGCUUUUUUGUGUGAAUAAAAUGAAGAUAUUUUCGUGAAUCAUGUACAUGUUUUACAAUUUUCCAAUAGAUAUAAGUUAAAUAAUCAUUUAGUAAUAGUAAAAACACUACAACAAUGUUAAGUGAAAUAGCAAACUAAAGUUCCGACGAUGGCGUCUGAUGGGGAAAUUUCGUGUACGAAUGAUCCUAAUUUUGCUGUUAUUUACUCAUUCCUGAAAGUUUUCGGAAAACUGUACGGUUUGGAAGUGCCCACAUUAGCUAAACUACAAGAAUAUAUCGAGGAUACGCAAGAAGUUUUGGAGCCAUUGAAGGAAUUGCACUUGAGAUUAUUGCGUCGUGCGCUGAAAUCCGUGCAGAGUAACCGAUGGGAGAGGUGCCUCAUAAAGUUCUGUCACCAGCAAGGCUCUCACCAAGAGGCUUGGGAAAUAGAACGGUUCUCGUACAAGAAAGCUAGCACGCCAGUGAAACUGAAAGUCCUAAAGCUAUUAUUAGAGUAUCAAUUCACAUGUCAUCCAAAAUUCAAAUCUGCUGUAAACGCCAUUGCAUGCAAGGACCUGCGGCUAGAUCCGAUCGGACGGGACAAGAACGGUUGUGUUUAUUGGUAUCAAGUGGAUCAUGAUGCCAAUUUGUGUUUGUAUAAGGAAGAUCAGGACGAGGAGACUUGGCAGCUAGUAGCCAGAACAAGAGAAGAACUUGUGAAAGUUAUAACACAAUUGAAAAACGGAGAAGAAAUAAGUCCUCUCGUCUCAAAUACUGCCCAAGAUGAGUCUACUGGUCCAGAUACUUCACAACAAGAAGAACCACAGGAACAGCCACUAAAAUCAGAAGAAGUUACUGAACAGGAAAAAAAGACAGAUGCAGAGGAUGAUAAUGAUGAAGAGUUUCUAAGUCCUGAAUCUGAAUCUGAACAUGAAGAACAAAGUGAUGAAAAGAAAGAUAAUGUUACUGUAAAUGAGGAAGUAAGUACAGAAAAAGUUGAAGUGAACCCUGAAAAGGUUGAAACACCACCAGAAGACACUGUUGAGGAAAACGAAAAGGAAAGUAAAGAAGAAGAGAGCACAGAAACAACUACUGCUACUGCAGAACCAGAAGAAACCCCCACAAAACCUGUAAAUACUGAGGAAGCUGAGCCAGAAGUAAAAGAGAAAUUAGAAUCUGAACCUGAUGAGAAUAAAACAGAAAAAGAAGAAGUUAGUGAAGCAAUAGAAGAACCAGUUAUGGUUGUAACUGGUGAAGGAAACGGUGCAGACUGUGAAAGUUCCUACAUAAUUGGAGAAGAAAUAGAAGAAGAAAUUAUGUUUUUUUAUGGGGAAGGCAGCGGUUAUGACAAUGACACUGGCAACCCUGAAGCAAUCGAACAAGCGAAUAGUCCUAAAGAGCACUCCGAUGCCGAGAAUGGCAAUGAGGAGUGUUUGAAUGGUGAACAUACAAAUGACCUCACAAAUUCAAGUAGUAAAAACAAAUUAGGUAAAAGCGUUAAGUUAAAAAGUAGUGUACCCACAGUAAAUAAAAGGGCGUUAAAAAAGCAGUCGAACGAUAGCACAGAAGUGUUGAAGUCAGACCCCAAGAAACAUUGUAUUAGGAAUUUAAAGAAAUCUGAUGGCUCUAAUUCAAAUUCUACCGAAAAUGAGAAAGGAAGCAGUAAUGACAAAAGUAUUGUGGAUGGGGACAGUCCUUUGAAAAAUAGGAUAAAAAAGGGUAGAGGCAAAGUUAAAAAGAAAGCUGAAGUAGCAAGGUUGGACUCCACAAGUGAUAGCAAGGAGGUGAUCAACGCUGUAUUAGAAACUGACAAUUGUCACGAUAGUAAAUCAAGUAUUAUUGAGAAGCGGAAGAGCAGUGUUUCAUCGGUGGAGCAGGAAGACGCCGAAAAUGGUAAUACCGAAAAAGAAGGCAGUCCUGAGAAACAGCUGAAGGCAGAAGAGCCUUUACCGCCUAAGAAGUUAAGACUAGACGUCACGCCAGAGAGUGACAGCAAUGAGUCGCAUUCCAAGGAAGCCGUGGAAAAUGUAAAUAGCAGUGAAACCAAGAACAAAUCUGCCGACGAAAAAGACAAUACUAACGUUGAAGUAGACCCUAUAUCACAGAGGAAGAAGAUCAAAGCAAGCAAAGGGAAAUUCAAAAGAAAAAAAGUCGUAAAAAAUAGUUCUGACAAUGAUACUAGUGUUUUAGAUAAAAGUACUGAUAAAGAUGCUUCUAGUGUUAGGGAUAAAAAGAGUAAAUCGUUGAAACGAUCGCUACUGGAUGCGACGAUGAGUGAUAAAAAUAAAUCCGAAUCUCAUAGCGACAGUGAUGGUGAUGAACCUAUUUCUAGUGGGAAAAGAUUAAAAAUUAGACCCAAGAAAAUUAUUACGUCGAAUAGGAAAAAAAUAGAAGCCAAAUUAUUAGAAAAACAAUCUACUGAUGAAUCUGAGGAGGAAACGUUAUACAGCUUAGCGGGCAAGAAAUCAACCAAGAAGCUGCUAAAGAAGAAACCCAAAGGCAAGGAAAAAGCUCGUCACGGCUCGCAGUCGGAAUCUGACGUGGCGCCCGUGAGACAGUCGCGCCGCAUCGCGCAGCUCAAGAUCAAGGAGGAGGCCGAGCGCAGGCACAUCGAGGAACUCGCUCUCAGGGAGCUCAAGAUGAUACACAAAAAGAAGACAAACAAAGACGAAGAGGAGUGGCAUGCCAGCGGCAGCAGCUCAUCUGGCUCGCCGCGGCCCAAGCCCAUGCCUAAAGCCGGCUGGCGCGCUUCAGACUCCACCGACGCCGACUCCGACUCCACCGGCCCACUGUUCGAGAUACAGCACGAGGAGCCAGACCUUGACUUCAACAAGUCUGAUCAUGAAUUUUCACCUGAAUCUGAUCUGGAGAGCGGCGAACCCAUCGAGCCUUUGAAAAGAGCCCGCACGCUACAAGAAGAAAAAGACGACGGCUUUUGCAAGCGCUGUGGCAGCGCAGAGCAACCGGAGUGGAUUCUGCUGUGCGACAAGUGUGAUGCAGGCUACCACGCUAGCUGUCUCAAACCAAUGCUGUUUCUGGUCCCCACGGGCGACUGGUUCUGCCCGCCCUGCAACCACGGCAUGCUGAUAUCAUCCUUGGAGAACGAACUGAGCAAGUACGAUGAACUAGUGACACAAGUAGAGGCUGAGAGAGCGCGCCGCAAGGAAGAGGAAGCAUCAUCGCCUGCUGAUGACGAACGGAAGCCUUCCAAGGGAAAGGAGGGCGACAAGUCGCACUCUGAGUCGAGCGGCAGCAGUUCUUGGUCAUCAUCUGACGAAGGCGGCGUGUACCGGCUGCGCGCGCGGCGCCAGCUGCCCGUCAGCUACCGCGCGCAGGAGUACGACCGCCUCAUCAGCUCCGCCAUCAAGGAGGAAUACGUAGAACCAACGACAAGUGCAGGCAACCAAGGCCGCGGCAAAGACAUCUCCACUAUCAUCGAGGCCGCCGAGGAGGAGAAGCUCAAGCAGGAGCGGGAAGCGCGCGAGCAGGGCAAGCCGGUCGAGAUACUGAAGCUCCGCAAGAAGAGCCGCCGCAAGCCGCGCAAGCUUAACUCGCUGGAAGUUCCCUCUGAAGACGACGAUGAAACCGAUGAGGACUUCAAGGACACCGGCAUGGAGUCGUCGUCCGAAGACAUAUCGUCGUCAGCAGAGCGCGGCAGCUCCAGCGACUCGCGCUCGUCCGACUCGCUGCCCAUCGCGCGCCGCACCGGACGCACCGACCACAAAGAUCGCCCAAAAAUGAGAGAAUCAUCCCCCGAAGUGAAGAAGAAGAAGAAAGGCGUCCUUAACGACACAUCUAGCGAAUCCGGCGGAACCAAAGAGUGGAGCAAUAAAAAACCCAAGAAAUCUCGACCGCCGAAGUCACGCCACGAAAAAUCCAAAAAGUCCCGCAAACGCAGCGGACUCACGCAGUACGAUGCGGACGGCAACGUCAUCAGGGCGCGAGUCACUUACGGCGGGCUCAGCGACGAAGGCGCCAACGACUGGUCGCCCAAGCACCGCACGCGACAGAAGAAGAUCAACUAUACUGAGAUGCCCAACACAGAAUCCGAAGAUGAAAUGCACAAAUCGAGCGGCAAGCACAUGCCGGACAGCUCGGACGAGUUCAAGCUGGACGACUCGGAGCUGUCGUCCGACUCGGACGCCGAGCGGGCCAAGCGACGCCGCGCGCUUGAGCUGGAAGGCGGGUCCGAAGAGGCAGUGUCGAACGCUACGCCGCUAGCGCUCGCCGACAUCAUCCGCAAGACGGCCGUAGUCCCGCUCGAGAAGCUGCCCGAUGACGUCACGCGCGCCAAGGAGGAGGAGCUGCAGGCGCAUCUCAGCGCAGCAGCAGCGGCGAGCAGUAGUGGGCGGGGCCGCGGUCGAGGGGGCCGCGGGGGCCGGGGCUCCCGCGGCGCGCGGGGGGCGCGGAAGUCGGCGGGGCCCGCCCCCGACCCAGACGACGCGCUGGCCAAGCUCGUCGGCGUUAAAAUUAAAGACCUGAAAGCUGACGGUACAUUACGACCUAAUCAAAUCGAACGUGAGAAGAAGCGUCAGGAGAGAGAAGCGAAGCAAGCGGAGAAAGAAGCGCGGCGGCUGGAGCGUCUGCAGAAGAAAGAAGAGAAGGAGAAGCUUAAAGAACAGAAGGCCAAGGAGCGCGAGGAGAAGCGGCAGGCGCGGUUGGCGUUACAGGAGAGCAAGCGCAUCAAGAAAGAGAAGUCUGAGUUCGGUAUGGGCGGCGGCUUCAAUAUCCCGGUGCGCGGGCCCUAUCCCGCGCCGCACCCGCUGCCGCACCAGCCGCCGCUCCCGCACCAGCCGCACCAUAGGUUCCCUGAUGCACCACGGCUGCAGGUUCGCGCCGAGUUGCGAGGCGUGUUGACCGGCGAGGACAGACGCGACGGGCCACCACAAGGACUACGAGAAGGGACGUUGUCGGUGGCGGGGUCGCCGCAGCCGUUCAAGCCGGUGGCGGAGGAGCCUAGCAUCAUCACGCGUAUGCCGCACAUGAUCAACCAGCAGUACAGAGGCCACAUGCUAUACCCCCCGGGCGGCAACUCGCCGUACGGGCCGCGGGGUCCGCAAAACCAUCCUAUGUACCCGCUCCACCAUUUAGGCCUCAAUCAUCCAAACGCGGGCCCGCCUCGAGGCCAAUACCCUCAGGGCUACUAUCCGCCACAUAUGCGCGCCGCGCCGCCCGGCUACAGGCUACCGGACUACCGCCACCAGCUACACCCGGCCUACCGUCCGCGCACGCCGCCUGGCCCGUCUGGCCAACCCGCACCCGGCCCGUCUGGCCCGCCGGGCCCGUCAGGCCCUCUGGGAUUAACGGCUCCGCCCGGUUCUUCGGGCCCGCUUGGUCUGACAGCUGCUCCUGGACCCUCGGGCCCGCCAGGCCCGUCUGGUCUGCCAGAGGGCGAGCCGCCGAUAAAGAUCAAGGCCGAAGUGAAGACGGAACCAGAGUAUCGUUCGCCGGCCACGUCGCCGUCCCCGCGGCCGCCGUCGCCGCGCGACGAAGCCCCGAGACACCCCAAGAUCAAGCACACGGAGAACAAGGACCGGCGGCCGCGCUACCCGCUGGGCCCGUAUGCGCCGCACUACGGCCCCUACGGGCCCUACGCGCCCGACGCGCCGCGCCACCCCGGCCCGCACUAUAUGCCCGAGAGACCGCCGCCGUAUCUGCCGCCGCAUAUGCGCGCGCCGCCGCCUGGUCACGGACCGUCGCAAUCAAUGCAGAGGCCGGGUCAAGCGCGGGGCAGCCCUCCCUUCUCCCACCCCUCAUAUCCCCCCACUUCUGCGGGCUCGGGCAUGCCCCCCGGACAUCCUGGCUCCGGGCUGCCACCCAGACAUCCCGGAUCAAGCUUACCUCCCGGACAUCCCGGUUCAAACUUGCCACAAGGACACCCCGGCUCAAGUUUGCCACCCGGACACCCUGGUUCUGGCUUACCGCCCGGACAUCCCGGCUCCAGCCUGCCAUCUGGACAUCCUGGAUCGAGUCUGCCACCCGGACAUCCCGGCUCCAGAUUACCACCCGGACAUCCUGGCUCUAGUCUGCCACCCGGACACCCCGGAUCAAAUCUGCCACCUGGACACCCCGGAUCUAGUCUGCAGCCCGGUCAUCCUGGCUCCAGCCUCCCGCCCGGGCAUCCCGGUUCCAGCUUGCCACCCGGUCACCCCGGCUCAAGUUUGCCACCUGGGCAUCCCGGCUCAAGUUUGCCACCUGGGCAUUCCGGCUCAAGUUUGCCACCUGGACAUCCCGGCUCAAGUCUGCCACCUGGACAUCCCGGCUCAAGUUUGCCACCUGGUCAUCCCGGCUCAAGUCUGCCACCUGGACAUCCCGGCUCAAGUCUGCCACCCGGACACCCCGGCCACCCUGGGUCUGGACACCCACCUGGGCCUAGUCACCUUGGUCCUAGGCAAUCGCCGGGCCCGGGCCAUCCUCCGGGGCCAAGCCACCCUGGACAUCCGUUAGGCCCGAGACAAUCGCCAGGCCCAGGCAUACCUCCUGGAGCGGGACACCCCGGAAGGCCACUCGGGCCGACGCAAUCGUCAGGCCCCGGUCAUCCUGGUCAUCCACUUGGCCCGAGGCAAUCGCCGGGACCGGGUCAUCCGGGACAUCACCUUGGCCCAGCGCAGUCACCGGGCCCGAGCCAUCCGGGACAACCACUUGCUCCCACGCAAUCACCGGGCCCGGGCCAUCCGGGACAUCUAUUGGGCCCGACGAAUUCCCCGGGACCAGGUCAUCCGGGGCAUCCACUCGGACCGAGGCAAUCACCGGGCCCGGGCCUUCCCCCGGGACCGGGUCAAAUGGGACAUCCCCUAGGUCCGACGCAGUCGCCGGGCCCGGGUCAUCCUGGACAUCCACUCGGCCCAAAACGAUCGCCGGGUCCGGGUCUUCCUCCGGGACAUCCUCUUGGCCCCUCGCGAUCGCCGGGCCCGGGCUUACCUCCAGGAGCCGGUCAUCCGGGCCACCCGCUUCGCCCGCCGCAAUCGCCUGGUCCCGGUUUACCCCCAGGGCCGGGUCACCCCGGACUGCCCUUGGGGCCGCGACAGUCGCCCGGCCCGCACGCGUCGCCGGGGCUGCCCCUGACGCCGAGCGUGGCGGGCCCUGCGCCGGGCCCGGGGCCCGCGGCGAGCCCGCCCAGCCGGCCCGAAAGCGGGUCUCCACCAGAGCCACGUGCCACACCGUCACCGCUUGAGCAAGGCAACGCAGCGGGCCUGCCCCCGCCGGGCCGGCCGCCGGUGUUCGCUCCGGCGGUGGCCCCCGCGGCCGGCGGGCCCCCGCGCGCCAUCAAGACGGAGCUGGACCCCGAGGGGCCCCCGCGCGCCGGGCCCCCCGCCGGGCCCCCGCGCGACGAAGGCAGCGUGUUCGGGGGCCUCGUCAGCUACUUCUCCAGCCAGCGAGAGGACGACGACCUCGACGCGUAACCGGGAGAAGUGAGUGUAACUGGCGACUGACCGCGUUUGAACGAUACGCUGUUUCUAUUUUCACAAAAACGGUUCACGUGUACCGGACUUUUCGACGUGUUGUUAUGAUAUCGGUCCGCCAAAAUGACGUUUGGUCGGUGACCUUUAACCAAGAGCAAGAGAGCUCGUGAAAGCUUACCUCACAGAUAUUUGACAGUUCAAGUGAUAAGUGCCUCAGUUUUUAAACGAAACCUUUGCCACGUUGUCUUCCAACUCACUGGAGGAAAUCGUUUGCCCGAUUUCCGCAGCCGUGACACACGGAGUAUUGAAUUUAUUCGGUCAGCCGCCAGCCGUAACCUACUCCAAUCUAGUUGAAUAGAAAGGCAAACGACAAUUAUUUUUAUAGAAAUUGAUCUAUGUAUAUUAUAAAUGCUGUAAUGAAAUGUGCACAUAAUGAUAUUAUUUUAUGAAAUCGCAUAAUCACAUUUUAUAGAAAUUUUAAUUUAUAGUGACUGAAACCUGUUUGCCUUUUUGUAAAAUUGGAACGGAAAGUUUUGAGUCGUAGAGUAGUCCUCGCGACGAGGAUUAGGGGUGCAAUGUAUUAUUAGAUCGAUGCACGACAUCGAGAGCUAAAUAGGUCCUUGAGGACGAACAACAUUUGAAAAUUCGUUGCCGGCAAAUACGAGCGUCAAUGUUGCUGCAACCUGUUCAUAAUGCGUAAUCAUAACAAGGGCACCUCCGGGCGAUGACGUUCCCGAGUCUGUCGUAGAUUGCCGUUUUCGACGUAAUCGUAUCGUAAUCGCCGGGUAUGUUGCUCGUCCCCAAGGAGCUCCUCGUAUAAAGCUUCCGCUCUCUAGGCGUCGCGGCAAUGUCGCGUCGCUCGGGCGAUUGUAAAUAACUCGCGAUAGAUGAAUUUUAUUUAUACGACAACGGCGCGCUAUCGCCGCCUGUAGGUGUACGCAAUGUAUUAUAGUAUGUGUAAAAGUUAGGGAUCCGACUAAUAAGAGUAAUAUUAUUAUGAGUCUUUUUGGUCUCGAAUAAACGAUGUAUUAUUAUUUUGGUUCUGUUAAGUGAGAUUUAUU